AUGACUAUGGUGAUGAUGAUGAUUGACAGUGGUGAUGAUAGUGAGGGUGGUGGUGGUGGUGGUAAAGAUAAUGGUGGUGGUGCUGGUAGUAAUGGUGAUGAACGUGAUGGUGGUGAUAAAGGUGAUGACAGUGAAGGUGUUGAUGAUGCUGUUUUUGAAGGUGAUGGUGGUGGUGAAAGUGGUGGCAAUGGUGGUGGUAGUGAUGGUGAAGGUAAUGGUGGUAGUGAUAAAGAUGAUGGUGGUAGUGGUGGUGACAAAAGUAUUGUGGGGCUGGUGUUAAAUGCGGUGGUGGUGUGUGGUGAAAGUGAUAAUAGUGGUGGUGAUGGUGGUGGCUGUAGUGAUGAAAGUGGUAGUAGUGGUGGUAAUGGUGGUUAUGGCACUGGAGGUGGUGGUGAAAGUGGUGGUAGUGAUGGUAGUGAAGUUUCUAAUGAUGCUGGUGGUGUUGUUGGUGGUGGUGAUGAUGUUAAUGGUAGUAGUGGUGGUUUUAAUAAAAGUGGUAGUGGUAAUGGAGGUGGUGGAGGUGAAGAUACUACCAAGAAUCAGGUUGCUGAUGGGAUUAAUCAGGUUGCUUUUCUGGAUUAA